UGUGUGUGUGUGUGUGAGUGUGUGUGUGUGCAGUGCAGAGGAAGUUAACAGGAAGUCACACACAUGAAGUUGAAGAGCAACGAGUCGGAGGAAAGUUGAAUGUCUACAGAAAGAUGUUUUUAUCUUCUUUUCUCACGUUUGUGUGGAUUUGCUCGGGAUCGGCUUCUUCUCCUCACCAGAUCGAGUGCAUGGUGGUGAAUCUGGAGUAUGUGAGCUGCACAUGGGAUGGAGACGGAACCGUGGCGGAGAACUACACCUUUAAAAGCAGUUAUAACAACCCGGAUGCUCCUGCAGAGUGUUCCUCCUAUCAGUACGUCAGGGAGGUUCGUGUCGGCUGUGUGGUUCCGUACAGUGAGAAGAAGCUGCAGAGAUUCGACGAGUUUCAUGCCUGGUUAUACAGAGACAACAUCACCCUGGCAAAACAAGAAUAUAAGAACCUGUUAAGCAGGGUGAAGUUGAAUGCGCCCAAUAACGUGUCGUUGUUGUUGAGGGAUCCGGAGCUGUGGAUUUACUGGAACAUUACCAGUAACGCUAAAUCACAGUGUCAGGAGCGUGAACUUCGCUACAGGAUCAACGGCAACAAGUGGAGUACUUACGGCACGAGCAUGGAGAACGCCUUUAACGUGCCGUUUCCUAACGCUCAGAGUCUCUACGAGUUCCAGGUGAGAGUGCGCAUUGCCUCGACCUGUGGACUGUCUGAACUGUGGAGCGAAUGGAGCGAGCCGGUGUUCUGGGGCACCACCAAGAAGAUUAACGAUACAGAGACGGGACGGCAGACGUCUGCGGGGCUGAUGGUACUCUGCACGGUUGGAGCUGCUGUCGUCCUCAUCGUGCUCGCCUGUCUGCUCAUCCACAGCGAGAGACUCAGAGUGAUCCUGGUUCCUGUUGUACCAAGUCCCAAAAAUCUCGGAGAUCUUAUUGAGAGCUACAACGGAAAUGUAGAGAAGUGGCUGCACAUCUCCAAAGAGCUGCAGGACGGAUUUAAGCCCAACUUUAGCGAGCGGCCCUGCACAGUGCGAGAGUUCAGGACGGAGUCUAACAGCGAGUCGGACAGUGACGACUGUCUCUCGGUGCACACGGCCGUCUCGUCUGACUAUCAGUCCAUGCAGAGCUACUCGUCCACCUCCACGCUGCCCUCUCCCUCCGAGACCCCCAGCACUGAAACCACGCCUCUCAACGGGCUGUAACGCCACAACGGCCAGGAGAAAAACACAACUGGAGUUUAAAAUGUGGCUUACAGAAGUCAAAAUCUGGAUUAAAAAAGUCAAUGAAAUGAAAUAUACUAUUAAUUAUCCUGUUAAAAACUGGACUGUCAAACUCACAAUCUACAAUGAAAAGGUUUUAGCAUAUACACGUAUACACAUAUAGACAUAUAGACAUACAUAUAUAUAUAUAUAUAUAUAUAUAUAUAUAUAUAUAUAUAUAUAUAUAUAUAUAUAUAUAUAGUAUAGAGUAAUUAUAUAUGUGAAUAUAUUAACAUGAAACCGUAUAUUCACAUUUUAUUUUAUUUUCAUUCUGCCUUGUAACAUUCUGAAUAAUGCUGCUGUUUGUGAGCAGCCGCUGCUAAGACAAAUGCAAAGAGAGCGUAUUCACUGUGUGUGUGUGCGUGUGUGUGUGUGUGCGUGUGUGCGCGUGUGUGCGCGUGUGUGUGCGCGAGUGUGUGUGUGUUAUAUGACUAUAUGCUUCAAACGCGUAUACCUUUACUAUAAUGCUGAAUAUACAAUGUUAUCUGAGGCAUGAAGGUGAAAAAAGCAACAGUUACUCUUUUUUUGCUAAAAUUAUUAUGAAAUAAAAUCUGUUUUUAUA